AUGAAUGAACAGCAAAGGGUACCCUGGGACGCAAAGCCCUCGCGCCUGGCAGAGCGAUCGCCCCAGGUUCUUUGCAAGCCAGCCAUUUGGAAGCUGCCUGUAGAGCUGCUCAGCUGCAUCAUCAUUCUCCUUCUGAUUGACGUACCGCCGAACGGCAUCACCAAGCGCAAUGUCGACCUGAUGGCACUGCUUCUUACAUCGAAGAGGCUCUACGACGCCACUUUACUCACCCUCUAUCGACACGUCACCAUCCCGCAUUCCAAGAUCUUCAAGAAGUUCCUCUUUCAGAUCGCCCAAUAUCCGCCACUUGGCUUGCUAGUACGGCGCUUCGACUUCAGCCAUUUCAAUCCGAUCAUCUCGUUCGAUACGGCCAGUGAGAGGUUCCAGGCCCGCAACCUCACGCCUACCACCCUGCUUCGAGCCCUGGAGCUCACUCCGUGCCUUCAUGAGUUCCUCGCCCAGGAGCACAUCGACGACGAGUUGGACUCCCAGGUGCUCCGAAAGCUAUUCUUCGGCCUUGAUCAGAUGCAGGCCCUGGACUUCUGCGGUUGUUCAUCCUCUUCCUUCCAGCAGUCCUUCACCUCCGCCGUUACCACAGCCGACUGGACGAAGCCUCAUGGACUCAAGAGACUUUCUCUGCACAACUGUACAACACUUCCUGCAACGAUCUUCGAGACGCUCCUGCCAGGCCUGACUCAGCUUACGCACCUCGACGUGGCUGGGACGCGCAUCACGGAUGCAGCGCUGGCAUCCCUCGCCAACUCAGCGCAGAUAACCAACCUCAACCUAGCAAAGUGUAACAAGCUCUCCGCCGAAGCCAUCAUAAGUUUCAUAGCGACUCAUGUUGCCGUGAAAGAUUCUUUGGUCUGGCUCUCGCUCGCUGCGGAUGCCCGGACCCACGAAACGUUCAACGUUGACGCCUUGGCACGGCUUAUACCGAGGCUGCCCAAAACGCUGAAAUCGCUGAACCUCAGAGGAAGUAACAUGGACGAGUCGCACAUUGCGCUCCUAUGCCCUUUGACAAAACAGCUGGAGGAGUUGGCCCUGGGGCGCGGCCUGAACGCCGGCGACAUGAACGGGCUCUUCCUGCCCGACGAGAUCCGACAGACAGUUGCGAAGAACGACCAAACAAGGGCGGAAUUGGACGAUUGGGUGCCUCAAAACCUGCGCUCUCUUGACCUGUCAGACAUGUGGCGUGGUGACCUGGUCCUGCACGAACUUUAUAACACGUCCGGAUGCGCCCUCUUGACGGCGCAAACGGCGCCGUUGGAGGUGAUUGAGUUACCUGAAGACGCGGCGCGUCAACUAUCGAGAGGCAACAAAUCGCUGACGAGGCUUGGUUGGCGCGUCAGCGAGCUCGGCGACCGGACGUGGAUUGUGCGCGAGGGCCCCAAGUCCGAAGCCGGGGCCCAGGCCGGGGGCGCUGGCUGGAAGGUAGGGCCUCUGAUGUGGGGAACCCGCAAAGUAUCCGUGGCCAAGGCUGAGGCUGGCAGCAUGUAUGGGAGUUACAUGUAA